UUUCCUGUGGGUCUGAAGGCUAAGAGAGAAGAUGGCGGCGUUGGGAGAACCCGUGCGGCUGGAGAGGGAUAUUUGUAGAGCAAUUGAAUUGUUGGAAAAACUACAAAGGAGUGGAGAGGUGCCCCCACAGAAACUUCAGGCUUUACAAAGGGUCCUUCAAAGUGAGUUCUGCAACGCUGUGAGAGAGGUAUAUGAACACGUCUAUGAGACUGUGGACAUCAGUAGCAGUCCUGAAGUGAGAGCUAAUGCAACUGCAAAGGCUACUGUUGCUGCAUUUGCUGCCAGUGAAGGACAUUCUCAUCCUCGAGUUGUUGAGCUACCAAAAACAGAAGAAGGCCUUGGAUUCAAUAUUAUGGGGGGCAAAGAACAAAACUCUCCAAUCUAUAUAUCUCGAAUAAUUCCAGGUGGAAUUGCUGAUAGGCACGGAGGACUCAAACGAGGAGAUCAGCUCCUUUCUGUGAAUGGAGUGAGUGUUGAAGGAGAACAUCAUGAAAAAGCUGUAGAACUGCUGAAAGCUGCUCAAGGAAAGGUUAAAUUAGUUGUUCGAUAUACACCCAAAGUCUUGGAAGAAAUGGAGUCCCGCUUUGAAAAAAUGAGAUCAGCGAAACGCAGGCAACAGACCUAAUGCAGUUCAAAAUUUGAUACUCCAUUUUGCUUUUUAGCUAGAGAAGUUUUACUUGUGACCUACUGAUGGCUGCAAUGCCAAUGAUUGUAAAAAACAAAAUCUUCCCAUGAAAUUCUCCUUGCCAUUUUAUAAAUACCUAUUUUAACAUCAUUUAUGGUUCCAGAGAUGCAUACACUUUUUUCUGAAAAGAAAAAGUAAAAGGUGAUGAGGGCAAUUCUGUCCUGCUGUUUUUACAGGCCUUUUUCAAAUACAGAUUUUGUCAUAAACUUGUUACAGAUUUUUUAAGAUGCUUUUUUAAUAUUAAGAUGUACUUUUACAUUCUUAAUCUUUUUUUAGAAAAAAAUUUUUCUUCAUUUGGCUGCUUAUUUAAAAGUAAGUUCUCCGGUUUUUUUGUUUUUUUGUGUUUUUUUUUUGGUUUUUUGCUUAAUUACUCAAUUUUUUUUAACAAGUGAAAUUUCUUUACGUGUGAAAUUUCCUUAAUUUCCAAGAAUUUAAACAUAAUAGUCUCACCUACAGCAGUUCAUUACACUGUCAAUGUUAACAUCACUGCUGCAUUUUGUACUUUGAACACAUACAUAAUCAAUGAUAAAUCAUAACUCUUUACGGUGGAAGUUUUUUACUUUUAAACAUGAUGUUUAAUGGGUAUUCAUUUAUACUGAUUGUAAAAGUAAAGUUUUUAAACACUGAAACAAUCAUUGCUAAAGUAUGUAUGCUUAAUAUUUGAGCAUUGAGGCUGGAGGACAUAAUUUGGUUGUUAGCAUUACAUUGUUUUCUAUUUAUAUUCAACAGUGUGUCAUAAAUUAUACAUAUAACACAGGAUCAGAGUUCAUCUAUUGCAGAUUUUUAAUGCUAUUUUUAUUUAUACAGUAUUUCGUAUAUUUUGGUCCUUUCACUCCUAGAGAUGAACAACUUCUUUGGUGGGAAAUAGCAUAAGCAAGGAGGAAAAAGUGAUACUUUCAAUUUCACUAGUCUCAAGAGUUAUACGUUCUUACUAGCCCAAUUUAAAGAAUGGAUUUUAAAUAGGAAGAAAAUAGGAUAUAUUUAAGAUGCAUAGAAAUUAUGAGGUGAGUACUCAUAAAAAAUUUGUAGAGUCUGUCAAAAUAAGAACUCAAAAUAUUUGGAUUUAGAGAUGCAGUCUUAAUGUUUCAAAUAUAACCGUGGGGAUUUUAAGAGAGACUCUUAAUUCAUUUGUCCACUGGAUGUCACUGUUUUACCAAAAGGCAGCUAUUAGUGAACAGCUGGGACUAAGGUCUUCCAAAGGCCGAAAUGACAAAGUGGAGGUUCAUUUUAGUUACAACUUAAAGGAACAUUUGUACUUUUAAAAGAAUUUUUAGUGACAGAUGCUAAAAAGAAGGUAAUGGAUUGAAAAUGUAGGGAAUUUGACAUCAUUGUUGACCUGUGUAAAAAGUGGGCAUUUUGUCAUAUUCCUUCAGGAAGAAUAGCAAUGUAUGCUUUUUUCUGCAUGUUUCUGAGCAUUGUGAGUCUUAGAGGAUUAUUCCAGUUUUCACUGAUUUUUCAGAAUAAAAGUCAAUCAGCCUUGUUAUUUAUCAUUUAGGUAUUGAACACUGGAUUGCAUGGUUGAAUGUGUCUUUAAUCCACACAAAAUGUGCUUGUUAUUGAUAGGAUCAUGUUGUUAAAUUGUGUAUUUUCAAAAUUAUUUGAUGUUUUUAAAAAAAUGUUGAGACCAAAGUAGUAUAGAAGAGGUAUGGACUUUAUUUAAUUUAAUUGUAUAAUUAUUAGAGAUAUUUGUUGUAGAGCUUUAUAUAUUAAAGAGAGUUAUUGGUGCAUAUACAAACAGUAAUAUUAUGCUAGUAUUCUUGCAUUAUAGGGUAAGUAAACCCUAAGAAAUUUUAUUUUAGUAGAGCUACAGCUGCAGUAGCUUUUAAGGAUGUAUCAGCAUUUCAUUAUAAAUUACAGCUUCCUGGCUCAGUGUCUCCACUGUUUCAGAACUUUCAGCCAAGUUAAAUCUUUUUUGGUGUUGCAGCUUAGUAAGUUAAGCUAUUUUUUUUUCUUCUACAGUAGUCCACAAUCUGUUCUUUGUGUGAGUUGGCACCUGUUUGUAAUUCUUAUAAUAAGGAUAGUUUAAAGGAACCAAAUACAGUAGUUUGGCUUGCUACAGUUGAGCAUGAGUAGCAGUAAUUUGUUUUCAUUAAUGCAGUUUUUAUAGUGUAUGCCAGAAUUUUAAAUCUUGACCAUAGAAAAUACAGUGAUUCAGUGGCAAUGAUGUAUAGUAGUGGUCCAGUAUAGUGAGGAAAUGAAGGGAAUUUUCAUCUUAUGAAUGGAUGAUUCAUGAAUAAAACUAGGCACACAAUAUAUAUUUGGAAUUUGAUCCAUAAAUUACAGAUAGAAAUUAUUCCCCUUGCCCAAUUUCCAUUUAUUUUCUUGGUAUUAAAAAGAGAUUGAUUUAGUGGUUCUCAACCUUAGCUGCUUAUUAGAAUGCCUGCAUAACUUUUAAAAAAUAUUGUUACCUUAGUCUCAUUCUAUAACAGCUAAAUCAGAAUCACUCUUUUUUCUAAAAAAAAAAAAAAAGCUUUCCAAGUAGUUUUAAUAGAUACCGAGGAGUCAGAUUCACUAGUUUUCCCUAUUAUAAAAUGAUCUGGUUACACUGGACCCUUUGGAAGUAUCAGAAUAGAAUAAUUCAGAUUGCAGCUGCUGAAUGAAUGAUUACAUCUCUUAGCGAUUUCUUUAGGAACAAAAAAUACUUGGCAGUCCUUAUUUGGAAAAUAAUUACAGUCUUUUUUUAUUUCUUUAAAUAAUACCUACCAGUAGUUUAAAUGUAAACUUUUAGUGUUUAUCUUUCUGCCCCCUAUUGCCUUUAAAAUACAUAAAAAUAAGUUGUAUUAUUAGAGAAAGCAUGUUUAAAAAUUGCAGAUGAGAAAUACUGUCAUUGAUAAUUAUGUGCUGUCCUAACGUGGCCACUUUAUCCAUUAGUAUAAUACUGAUUAUAACCUACUUCUUUAGGAUUUGAUGUAUGUGAGACAGAGAGAGAGUGUGUGUUUUAAAUCAUGUCCUCCUCUUCUAAAUUUUUUUGCUCAAGUAUUUAAGUAAUUUGGCUCAAGUGCUUUGUUUACAAUUAAAGUGGAUAUUAUAGCAUUUAAUAGAAGGAAUGGUUAUGGCUUAUCUGACAAGAAUGUUAGCAUGCCUUGGUGUAGAUGUGAAAGAAUACCUGUUGUGAAUUUUUUAUAAUGUGGAAUGAUCGUUGAAAUAUCAAGAACUCUAGUAAUUGCAUUUCCUGAAUAAAUGUAUGUUUAUGAAUUUUCUAAC